GGCCCCGCCCCUUGGCCCGAGGGCUUUGCCCGGACACCGUGAGGAGAAGCUGAGGGGACAUAGUCGGAGCUGGGGCCAGUGAGAGGCAGCCUGCUAGGGGGCGCGCUGGGGUAAGAAGGUUGGUGUCGGGAAUGGAAGAAAUCUAACGGUUUGGCAAUAGCUGGGAACUCAACAUGCAUGGGGAGAGAAUCUCAUCUUUGCCCACAAAUCCUCCUGCACUACAUGUUCAGUAAAAGGGGGCGUCAGCCAUGGAGGACAAGCGCAACAUCCAGAUCAUCGAGUGGGAGCACCUGGACAAGAAGAAAUUCUACGUCUUUGGCGUCUGCAUGACCAUGAUGAUCCGGGUCAGCGUGUACCCCUUCACACUUAUCCGGACGCGACUGCAGGUCCAGAAGGGGAAGCGCCUCUACAACGGGACCUUUGACGCUUUUGUCAAGAUACUGCGGGCAGAAGGGGCAGCUGGGCUCUACCGGGGCUUCUUGGUCAACACCUUCACCCUGAUCUCAGGCCAGUGCUACGUGACGACGUACGAACUCACUCGCAAGUACUUCUCUCAGUACACCAACAGCAACACAGUCAAGUCUCUGUUGGCCGGUGGCUCAGCCUCCCUCGUGGCCCAGAGCAUCACGGUGCCCAUUGAUGUGAUCUCCCAGCAUUUGAUGAUGCAACGGAUGGGCGAGACCAUGGGCCGGUUCAGAGUGCAGACCCAUGAGGGGAAACGGUUCCCGGUCUUCGGACAAACGCGGGACAUCAUCGCACAGAUCUUCAAGGCCGACGGGCUGAGGGGGUUCUACAGGGGCUAUGUGGCCUCCCUACUCACUUACAUUCCCAACAGCGCCGUCUGGUGGCCCUUCUACCAUUUCUAUGCAGAACAGCUUUCCAGCCUGACACCCAAGGACUGUCCACACUUGCUCCUCCAAGCCAUAUCCGGGCCAAUGGCCGCUGCGACAGCUUCCACUCUCACCAACCCCAUGGAUGUCAUCCGGGCUCGUGUGCAGGUGGAAGGCAGAAGCUCCAUUGUUCUCACAUUCAAGCAGCUGGUAGCAGAGGAAGGGCCCUGGGGCCUGAUGAAAGGCCUCUCCGCCCGCAUCAUCUCAGCCACCCCUUCCACCAUUGUCAUCGUGGUGGGCUACGAGACUCUGAAGAAACUGAGCCUCCGCCCAGAGUUGGUGGACUCAAGGCACUGGUAGCAAAACCGGGGAAGGGGGAGUCGGAUUUUGUUGUAAUCUCUUGGACCAUUGGCAUGGUUGAAAAGCCACCAAAAAGUGAGCCCGGAGAGCUUUCUAACAAGUAUUUGUUAGUGAAGGAUUAAAUGCAAAGGACAGUAUAUAAAAAGUCCCCUUCCCCAGUAUUUGUCUACCCCUUUGGAUUGAUUGCAGCAUUCUGUAAAAGAAAGUACCUACUGUAAAAAACCUCUUGCUCAUAUGUGAAGGAACCUUGGCGCAUCUUCUUUUUUCCUUUUUGAAUUAAAAGGAAACACACCACAACUAAACGAAUGAAGCAAAACAACACGAUCUUCUGAAAAUGUGUUUUUAUUCUUCGUUUUGCCAAAUUCCUACCUUCGAAGACUUUGUGCUAUUUGCUGCCACCACCCGUGAGCUGCAGAAACUGCUACUUGCAGCAGCAACUGUACACACCUCCUGGAAAGAAGUCAUUAGUAAAUAAAUAAUACUGUAAUAAUAAAUCCCCUCAGACAUCGCUCCAAAAUGUCUACAGAGUUAAGAUUUGAAAGCAGGGAGAUAAUACCAAAAGCAAGGAGUUCCUUUUGAGAGUCUGCAGCAGUAGAGGUGCACAGUGGUACUUUUGGUACGUCCAUGUAUCUUCUAGGAUUAAAGUCCUCUCUGGGGAGGACGCACCCUUUAUUCUGUGGCCUUUGCAAAUGUGAGUGUUAAAAAAAGAAAGAAGAUUCCUACCCUAAAAUUGUUUACCCUUUCCUUUUAAGCACAAUGAAAUCUGCUUUUCCCCUCCUUUAGGAUUCAUCUGAAAGGCAGAACAUAAUUAUCUUGCUGAAAAGAGUUGUAUAAUACUUCCUUUUUUAUCUUUGUACAAGUAUGUCUCAAUCACUGAAUGAGUGUUUCAUGAAAGUGUAGUAACUGGGAAGGAGCUCUGCACCUACUUUUGCGGUGGGCAAGGGUGGAAGCUUCUCCUUUUGUCUGAGCAGGGCAGCCUGUUGAGACUGCAGCCCUUUGCAGGUCUGGCUCCACCUUGGUUGAAGUUGCUUUGGGUUCCUGUUUCUGAUCUAAGAACUUCCAGCUGUUGGGCUAGUAGGAGAAGCAGGGCAACCCACUUUCCAGUGACGGGCGUCUUUCCAUUUUGUCCUCCCAUCUUGCUUCUGUCACUAUUUUUUAUUGUCACUGGUGCUGAUUCUGCAUGUUUUGUUUUGUUUUUACCUUGCUCCCCUGUGUCCACAGUGCUUUUGUAGCCAUGUAAGUCUGUGAAAGGCUGCAGUUUGGGGAGUAGAGGUGGUAAUACCAUGUUGGAAGUAAAUUCACUUGUUUUAAAAUGGAUUACGGGGGUGGGCAUCUUUGGAAGCAAUACAGGAGAGGUGAUAUUCUCUGCACUUUGGACCUUUUCUCUAAAGUAAGCAGUGUUUUUUUUAAUAUAUAUAUGUAUAUAUAUAUAUUAACUUGGAUCAGAGUUUACUCUAGUGCCAUAAUCAGGAACCAAGAAAGGGGCUAUGGAUGGACCUUGUACUCUGCAAAUAAGUAAACCCUAUAAGUUUCUAUAGGGUUCUUUAAGUAAACCCUAUAAACAUUGUACUGUGGAAAUUUUUUGGCAUGUUGUGGGCCCUGGAAGUAGAAUAUGUGGGCCAGUCUGUCUGUCCCUCCCAAACCCUCUUCUGAUGCUUUUCCUGCUCCCCUGAACCUAAAUGCACCCCAGGCUGAGGCAGGGAGGUGUGCUGAAAAGGGAUGGGCCAGGGGGUAGAACUAGACAAACAACCCACUUCCACUUAAGGGCAGGAAAGCAAGAGGGGUAAAAUAUCCCAAUCCUGGCCAAAAUCAGCUGUAAGUAGACAAAGUCUUUGACCUGUCACCAUAAGGUUUUGUACCCCAUAUACUUGGUUUAGUUCUUAGUGAGGUGGUGAGACACGUGCCUGGGGUGUAGUAGUGCAGGUUGAGGCUCACAUGACUCCCCCCCCCCAUAUUUAAACCUCACAAAACCCUGCCAUAGAAAGCCAGUUUGCUAGCUGAGCUUCCUUCUUAAUGGGUGGUCACCCCCCCUUUAUUUUAAAUAGAGGACCAGUCCAUGUGAGCCCCUCCGGAAUCUGAAAUAGUACAGCCCAGAUAAGGUUUCCCACUCAGUCUCUUAGAAUGAGGCCUUUGAGUGUGGCAUGGGCUUCUGUGGUGACCUGUUGGAGGACUGAAGGAUCCCCCCCCCGGGCUUUAAUAAAGCGAAAAAAAUUAGGCGACCUUGGAGUCCUCAUACUGCACGGUUAUUUCGUAGUCAGCAAAUGCACAGGGAGCAGAACCAGGCCCAUAUUUUGGCCACCUAGGAGUAGUGUUGACUCUGCAGAAUACCCCCAACAUGCUGGGAAUUGUGUUGAAUUUGAUUUUUGCCAAGUGGGAGGCAUUUUUUGACUCCCCUUCCCUUGGUAAGAGCAGCAGUCAAAACAUAUUUCUCUUAAUUUGUACUUUUCUGUAUUUUUAAGUUUCACAAAAAAAAACCUCCAUUGCAUUUUGCAAUUGUCUUUGAUGGGAGGUUGUUUACAUGGUGAUGUGUUAAGAGCACCUACAUGGUGUGGUGGAUUAGCUUUUUCUGCGGAAGGGGUAGCUAACCCUUGAUCCAGGGGCCUGAUGUACUCCACCAAGUAAAAUUUUCUUUCCCUGACUCAAAACUCCAGCAAUGUUGGUAGUGGUGGCAAAAGAAUAAAAUAAAGUAGGCACAAUGUCCUGCGUGCUUGCAUGCAAGUGUGUGUGCUAUAGUAUGGGGUGCCACACCCACUACUUCUCUGCAGCCCCCUGGAGGGUCCCAAAAAACAUUAGCCGCUCCUGCUUCUAAGAUAAAGUGGCAAAGGAAGAUUAUUAUAAUCUCAGGGGAGUUGGAUGGAUUAAUGCUCCACCCCUUCGGAAAGCUGCUGUGAUGGUUUUGCAUUGGUAUGUUACUUAUGUCAGUUCAUCUGCUAUAUGACGACCAACCCUUAUGAAAAUGCUUGGAGCCUUAUCAGUGGAUUGUAUAUAGAGUAGCUGAUCCCUCGUGCUGGUUGAUUGAUGAGCGGUUUGUGGCAUGUGUUUUUCCUGGUAAGGUCCUAUGCACUUCUCAAGUACAAAUAACCACUUUGGGCUGAAAUCUCAUUCCAUUCUUUAUCUUGACUUUGUUUUUUAAAGUGCAAUGAUACUCUGAAUUAUUUUUGUUUUGCAGUCUUUAGUACACAAAGAAUCUGUAGGGAGCUCCGUUGAACGGAUCUGAGGAAGCUGUAGUGACUACCUAUAAAACAGAUGCAAACAUGAUCUGAGCAUGGGGUGCAUAGGGCCAACAGGAAAUCUUCAACAGCCACAAGAAGUGAGGAUUUGCCUGUCCAUGUCUUCUCUAAAUGGGGAGAAUUUCCAAGCGAUCUCCGAUAUCUGUGCCUGCUGUUUCAAUAUGGAGUUUGAAUGUAUUUGUGUACAUUAAAACAGGUUUCAAUUUUGCACUGUAAAAAGUCUUUGAAGUGUAAUUAAAGUUUUUAUUAUUUAUUUGA